CCUUUCAGUGGUCCAAGGUGUGCGGCUUCCACUGUCGCCCCAACCAGACACCUGUGGGAGCGCCGCCCGCGUUGACUUCGCGCCUCCCGCCAACUGCUUCCGGGUCGCGGAGAGUGUCGCUUCCGGAGCAGCAUGGCGGCCACGGAGGACGAGAAGCUGGUGGGGAGCGGAGAGGGAGAGCGGCUGGAUUUCCUGCGGGACCGGCACGUGCGCUUCUUCCAGCGCUGCCUCCAGGUCUUGCCGGAGCGGUAUUCUUCUCUGGAGACCAGCAGGUUGACAAUUGCGUUCUUUGCACUCUCGGGGCUGGAUAUGUUGGAUUCCUUAGAUGUGGUGAACAAAGAUGAUAUAAUAGAGUGGAUUUAUUCCUUGCAGGUCCUUCCCACAGAAGACAGGUCAAAUCUAAGUCGCUGUGGUUUCCGAGGCUCUUCAUACCUGGGUAUUCCAUUCAAUCCAUCAAAGAACCCUGGAACAGCUCAUCCUUAUGACAGUGGACACAUAGCGAUGACCUACACUGGCCUUUCAUGUCUAAUUAUUCUUGGAGAUGAUUUAAGCCGAGUAGAUAAAGAAGCGUGCUUAGCAGGCUUGAGAGCACUUCAGCUUGAAGAUGGGAGUUUUUGUGCUGUUCCUGAAGGCAGUGAAAAUGACAUGAGGUUUGUGUACUGUGCCUCCUGCAUUUGCUAUAUGCUCAACAACUGGUCAGGCAUGGAUAUGAAGAAAGCCAUCAGCUACAUUAGAAGAAGUAUGUCCUAUGACAAUGGGCUGGCACAGGGAGCGGGCCUUGAAUCUCACGGAGGGUCCACCUUUUGUGGCAUUGCGUCACUGUGCCUGAUGGGUAAAUUGGAAGAAGUCUUUUCAGAAAAAGAACUAAACAGGAUAAAGAGGUGGUGUAUAAUGAGGCAGCAGAAUGGAUACCAUGGAAGACCCAAUAAGCCUGUUGACACCUGUUACUCAUUUUGGGUGGGAGCGACUCUAAAGCUUCUGAAAAUUUUCCAGUACACUAACUUUGAGAAGAACAGGAAUUACAUCUUAUCAACUCAAGAUCGCCUUGUGGGGGGAUUUGCCAAAUGGCCAGACAGUCAUCCAGAUGCUUUGCAUGCAUACUUCGGGAUCUGUGGCCUGUCCCUAAUGGAGGAGAGUGGGAUCUGCAAGGUCCAUCCUGCUCUGAAUGUAAGCACACGAACUUCUGAGCGCCUUCGAGAUCUCCAUCAAAGCUGGAAGACCAAGGACUCUAAAGAGUGCUCAGAGAAUGUCCAUAUUUCCACUUGACUGACCUUGGGGUAAUGGGUUUGUAGCAUAACUGUAGCUCAAGGUUAAAAGCCAUGUGUAACCAAGUGUGCUCUUUUUUACAGGGGUAGUCUUAAGUCAAAGCUUGUACUGCUAACACUUCCACUGUACUGGAUUUAAAGAAAAUUCUUGUUGAAGUUGGGAACCUCAGCAGGACUCUGUUGUGGUUCUUAAAUGUUUAUAGUGUGUUUCUGAGAGGUUUCUUGGGAUAGAUUUACCAAAUGUAUGUAGGUUAUCUUCUUAAAACCCUUCAGUACAAGUUCUGGCUUACAAAAUGGAUACAAAUCUUCAAGUUUACACUUCAUAUGGCAUUGAUAAUCUUCAGGUGAGCAUUUAGUGAUCACUUAAAAAAUCUCUACUGCUGAUGGGAAGAAAUUUUCUUUAUUGAAUUAAGUAUCUGGGAUUUUUCUUUAAAAAUCGAUGGUCUCAUAAUUUUCUUCAAGAAUAACAUAUUUUGUGUUAUUCUUAAGAUGUGCCAACUAGACUUGUGUAAGCUAUACAGAUGAAAUUAAAAGUUCAUAGUAAGAAAAAAUAGGCUUAACUAAUGCUAUAGUUUUCUAAAGAGAGAGUACUGCAUAACUGAGGGAGAAGGUCAUGUAAUUAUGAAUGAGAAGGGUCUGGGUUGUGUCUUUACUAUAGGUUCUUUGGGUGAGUACCUGAUGUCUUUUGUUUUAAUCCCAAAUCAUUGGCUACCUUUUGUUGGGGGCAAGGGAAGAAAUAAUCUUUGUUGUCCAGAAAAAAGAUAUUCAGUGUUCUAUUCUUCUGAGGUUCAUGACACUGUAAGUUAUACUUGUAUGAUUAUAACUGAGUUCUUUUUAGUUGCUUCUGUUUUUUUUUUCCUUUUUAGUAUUUUGUAGCCACUGUAGUUAUCUGCUUUAUCUCCCACCAGGUUGAGCAUCCUUAAUCCAAAAUUUAAUAUCUGGGCCAGGCAUAGUGGCACAUGCCUUUAAUCUCAGCUCUUGGGAGGCAGAGGCAGGCAGAUCUCUGUGAAUUCAAGGCCAUCCUGGUCUGCAUAGUAAGUACCAGACCAGACACAGCUGCAUAGUGAGACCCCAUCCUGAACUGAAAAAACAAAACAGCAACAAAAAUAAUAAAAUCCAUUAUCUGAAAUGCUCCAGAAUCUGAAUUUGUUGACUGUCAGCAUGACAUAAUUGGAAAAUUCCACCACUUCAUGCAACAGGUCACAGAUGAAUUUCAGGGACACUGUAAAUAGUAUAUAAAACUACUUGAAAUUACUGAGUAAAGUGUAUGAAAUAAAUGCAUUCCAUGUUCAGACUCGGGUCACAUCCACAAGGUAAAGUGCAUAUGUAAAUAUUCGAAAAAUCUGAAAACAGAAUUGAAAAUCUGAAACAUUAUGUUUGGUUCCAAGCAUUUUGGAUAGUGAUACUCAACCUGUAAAUAAUUUUCUAAUGUUUUCAAGUUUGAUAAAUCUUUAAAUAUAAACAGAACCACUGAGGUAUACAUAGUCAUUUAUAUUUUUAUAUUUUUGGCUACGUGGGAGGGAAAUAUAUCCAUCUAGAGGGGAUAAAUUAUGGUUUCACUUAUUCAUUGUCUUGUUUUAUUGUCUUAAUUCUAUGAACUAACAACCAAAAGAAACUGGUGUAAAAAUCUUUGUUAGCAAUCAGCUUGUCAAUAAAUCACAUCCAUGACUUGGUGACAAGAAGGAAAUUUCUUCAUUAGAGGAAAUGAGUGUGUUAGUCUUGCUAGUAAUAAAAGUUGUAUUAUUAAUCUACAGACAUCAUUGUAAAAGCUAAAUUAUCAGUGUCACUGGGUAGAUAAUAGCAUUUUCAUUAUUUCCUAAACUAAAGAGACAUUUCCUAAAUAAAACAUACUUCUAAAGGGUGAUACUUUAUGGAGCAGUGAAUGUAGGUGUUUCAUAGAAACAUAUCAACCAAAAAAUGCUGAGUUGUUUUGAAGUGUGGGAAAACUAUUUUUAGCUUUUCCUAAAUAGAUGUGUCUAAGGAAAUAUUUAUUAAUAAAGUAAAUUAAAAGCAACGUUUCACAUAUAAUCUGUUCUCCCGCAGUAGGGGCACAAUAAGAGGAGAAGCAUGAAGUUCAGAUGUGCCAAGCCGUGCCCUCCUAGCCAGCCUCUCUCCAUCUCCUCUCUCAUUGAACUUUGGAAGAGUAGUAGCAAGGACAUUUAUUUGUCACCUACAGUUUUAGGUUUGACCUGCAAUUCUUGUUUUUAUUAGAUUUUUUAAUAGGUAUAAGUAAUGAAGUUCAAAUAUAAAUUUUGCUGACAAUGGUCAUAAUUUGAAGUGCCAGACCUGAUAGUAUUUGAUAAACAGAGUGAUGGGGUCAUCUAAAGCAAGAUGACUUGAAGUUUAAAUUGCAUAUCUGCCCAUUGAGCAGCGUGAUCUGGGAUCCAAUUCCCCUAUGGUACAAUGAAGUGAGAAAUAGAAUUUCAUUCACUAGGCUGAUUCAUGUUUAAACGAGAUCGUAUAUAAAAAGCACUUUGCAUACAGCGAAUUUCUAGUUAUGGUUUCAUAUGACCAUAGAAGUGUUUUUAAAAUCUCUUGUACAUGGAAAUCUUAACAGGGUUUAGACUGAAGGAAGAUGCUGCCAACAGAGCAGUUUCUAAACUUUCCCAGUGAGUGACAGAGGAAGAUCAGGUAUCGCCACAGGCGCUGCAACAUUGGGGACAGGUGGUCCCCAUGAGCCUCAGAGCACAGGUGAAAGAACAAAGGUGCCCUACCUGCAUAGUUUCACCUCCUGUGCAGAGGGUAGAGGAGGAAAGUACCCGGGUUCUGAAGCCCUGCAAAUUGGAGAACGGUGGUAUUGCCAUGUUCUCACUACAGAGGAAAUGGACCUAUAUGAAAAUAAAGGCUGAAACUCAGAAGAGCUCUCCAGAUCCUGUCAGCAGUCUGGUGAGUGUGGGGCAGGGGAAGGUGUGUUGAUUAUAGUAGAUAGAACAGCCUGGCCUGAUGCCAUGUACCUUUUGAAAUUAAUGAGGUAAAGCACAGCACUGGAAAGAAACUGCUAGAAUUAGAAUCAGUUGGACAGGAUAGGCCUAGGACAUAAAGCAGAGAUAGCUAAAAUAAAUGUUGGGAGGAAAGGCCUGUAGACAUAGAUGCAGAAUUAUAGGCAUACAUAAUCAUUUAAAUGACAGAAAAUGGAAGGGUGCUGGGAAGAUGGAGCCAUUUCCUAGAGCAACCCUUCCUUCUGAACAAUGACUUAACUUAAAAAGCAGGUGAGUAUUCGGUCCCCAGAGUUGGAGCAGUGCCCUCCCAGGUGAGAGCACACCGGAGCAAUGAAACCUAACACUGAAAAGGCGGUGACAGCAGCUGUAGUGUUUGCAGUGACACGCACGGCCUCAGAAUUGCAGCAAGGAGCAAAACGAGACCAAGCAAGGAAGGAGGCAGGAAGAAAAGCAAAGGCAGUUAAUCUAAAGCCAAGAAGUGCAAAAGCUCCGGCCUUGGCAUGGUAAGGAUGCUCAGGGAAACAACCCAUCAGCUAACCUCAAAGACACACAGGAGGAGCACGUAGGAGAACUUAAAUGACAAGGGAAGGGCCAUUAAACACAACUGAUUUCAAGUUGUCUUAGGAACCUCACACAAAUUCAAAGGUGAAGUUUUUAGAGAAAAAUGCAAAUUGAUAAAAUUUAAUACAGAGACUAUAACUGCCAUAGGGAAAUGCAAAUAAAGACCAUUGUACAAUCUCGUAAGAUUGAAGAAUCUCAACAUUGCUUUAAUAAUUCCAGAGGCUAGAAGAAGAAUCUUGAAUCUUAAAUUACUACAUAAAAGAAAUUUUCCCAUGUUUACUUUGUAAAGUUGGCACAAUCACAUUAAUUUUAAAACAUAACAAAGAUUAUGCCAAAAAAGGAAAUCCUAAGUCAUUCAGGCUUGCUAGUAUCUCCAGACUGGGACAGUAGCUCUUCUAGUAGUGUUUGCCACUCAACCAUGAAGACCUGAGUUCGAUCCCCAGCACCCAAGGCAAAAACUGGGCUUGGUGUUGAACACUUGUUCCCAGUGCCAAGAAAGCAGGAAUAGGCAGAUCACUGUACUUUGUUGGCUAGCCAGCCCAGCCUAAUCAAUGAGCCCAAAAUUCCCCUGACAGCCCUGCUGAGAAAAUAAGGUGAGGCAGGUGAGCUGUUUCAGUUGGUAGAGGCUCUCGCUACACAAGCCUGACAACUUGAAUUAGAUUUCCUAUAACCCAUGUAAAGGCGAAGGCAGAAAACCAACUCCACGGAGUUGUCCUAUAACCUCAUGUGUGCCAUGACACAUGUGCCCACAUACACAAAUAACACAUUUUAAAACCUAACAUGAAAAGCUGAAGAACAGCUGAGGUUGACUUCAGGCCUCCACACCUGCAGACACAAACAAAUAUCAAUAAAAAUCAUUCAGCAAAUUGUUAGGCCUGCAACCCAGUAGCACUUGAAAGAGAGAAUAAAAUUAUGGCUCAGUAGCAUUUGUAUUAGGAAUGCAAGUAUAAUUCAGCUUUAGACCAUCUUAAUAGAGUGUUAAAGAAAAGACAUUUGAUCUGAUAGAAUUAAGUACUCAUAUCAGAAAAUGAUAAAGAAUUCACUAACAUUGCACCUCUACCCUAGAGGCAAGCAUCCUACCAUUGAAUCCAAAGAGUCUUUCUGACGAAGCCAGAACAGGAACAUGCUCACUCUCUCCUUUACUAAACACCACAUGAGAACUUUAGCCGAGGAAGUCAGAGCAAAGACAUGAGUCAGGAAGAUUCAAAUUUGGCAAAUAGGAUCAUCUACUUGAAAAACCCAAAGGAAUUUGUUGAGACACCAAACCGUUAAAGAACCCAAAUAGCAGCAGUAGUCAAGGUGCAGGCAGCCUGAGGACUGCCUUUCCACGUUCCCACCAGAUAUUGUCAGAAAUGGCCACUCCCUCCCUCCGCGAAGUAAUGCUCUCAGGACUGGCUUGGUCACCCGCUAGGUUCCCUGUGUGUGAGCUCUCUGUAAGUGCGACCAUCUGCUGUACACUGUGUUUUACUUGGCUUCUCUGCCCUACAAGAGACUAAAGGGCGCCCUGGUGCUGGUUACAGAGGUGCGUUCAUUUUAUGAGUGUUUACCAGGCUGUGCCAUCAGUCAUGCUCUGUGCACUGUUCUCUGUGUGUAAAUUUAUUUACAAUUCAAUAAAAGUAUUUAGUAAAAGUAAAGACUUCAUAUCUAUAUCUACAUGAACCUAAACCGUUUAGAAGAUAUACCUCAAGAUCUCUGUGAUUGCUGAAACAGACUCAUGUAAGAACUCCAUCAGACAUGUUUGAAACACCUAUAUGAGAAAAUCCUGCUUUGGAAAAAGAAAACUCUUAGAAGACAAUAGACUCAAGGCUGUGCCUUAUUGUUAAUAGGAAGACACCACGAAAACAGUUUUCUUGGGUUACUUUGUAAAUUUAAUGCCACUGCAAUAAAUACUAUGCUCGUUUUCA